AUGCAGAUGACCAGGACCGCGCGGGGCAUAGUGGCGCUAGGGCGACCGGAGCGGCGAAGUCCACGGCGCGCACCACGCGCCACCGUCAGCUCACACGCCUCCUUCAGCAUCUGGUCGCCGACGCAACAGACGCGGGACGUCGUGGUGCGGGGUCUGGUGGACACCCUAGUCGACGACACCCUCCUGUGCAAGCGCUACGGCGUCGUGCCGGCCGCCGCCGCCAAGCCCGCCGCCCGCGCCAUCGAGGUUGAGGCCUUCGACGCCACCGCCAUCGUCGUCGGGGCCGCUGCAUUCGUCGAGGAGGGCAUCGAGGCGCUGCAGCUCUACUCCAAGGAGGUCAGCCGCCGCCUCCUCGACUUCAUCAAGUCCUGCUCUGCCACCGCCAAGGACGAGCCGCCGUCGGAGGCGCCGUCGGCGGUCAAGGAGGAGACCUCCGAGGCCUCAGCUCGCCCCGACCGAGAUAAAAUUCGUUUACAUCUAUCUAGAGUUCGUGUGCGGCGUUGGCCUGUGCUUGGGAUGAGUUGGCUGUAG